UUUAAAUAUGAUCAGUGAUCACGUCCGAUAUCGUCGCGAGCGCAGAAAAAAUAUUUCGUUCCAUUGUAGAAGAUAGCAAAUUAUGUAGGAAAUGGAUUGAAUGUCAAAAGCCUGUUUAGGCGUGUACAAAAUUUACUGGAUUAAAUUAUAUUGCGAGUAGGGGAGUAACUACAAUGGGCGAGUAUAAAAGCAAUUCGGACAUCUUUCAAAGCGUAUUCAUUUUUCAAACCGACGACGUUAGAAAAAUUACAAAAUGAAGGCGUUUGUUGUCUUGUCCAUUGCUCUCGCCAUCGGCCUGGCCGAAUGUGGCGUCGUUCCUGCCACCACCUUCGUGCGCGCCCCCAGCUUUGACAGCGCCGUGGUCAAGUCUGACCGCGUAGGCGGCAGUUUUGCUUACAGCACCGUGGAAGGCCAUGCCUACGCCGCCGUCUCCCCCGUUGUCGAACGCAUAACCGCCCCCGUCGCCGUCUCCUACACCCCGCACCAAGUGCAUCUGGGCCACAUCAACACUCCGGUAGCCGUCACACAACCCAUUUAUGCCGAACACUCUGUCGUCUCCCAGCCCAUUUACUCUCAUCAACACAUCUUUGCCAACCCUCCUGUUUUCGCCCAAAACCCCGUCUUCGGCGGCUUCCCGAGCUAUCCCGCAAUCGGCGGUUUCCCCACUUCUCCCGUUGGAGGAAUCGCGAGUGGUCCCGGAGUUGGAGGAAUCGCGAGUAUCCCUGGAGUUGGAGGAAUUGCCAGUGCUCCUGCCGCCCCAGCCAACCCCGCUCCCACACCAGUCCAAGGGACCGUCAUCGAUGAUGAUACUGUUGCUGUGGAUUCUGCCUAAACUUAGAUGUUGUAAUAAAAAUAAAUUUAUUUAUUCAAA